AUGCCGAUCGUUGACGACGGAUUCGAGGCUCUCCUCGAGCCAUUCUACAAUGGCAAGAAGCUGACUGACCCCAUAUCAACUGUGGAGGACAAGUUCCAGCUGCUGCCCGCCUUCCUGAAGGUCAAAGGCCUCGUCAAGCAGCAUAUCGACUCAUACAACUACUUUGUCGACCAUGAGAUCAAGGAAAUCGUCAAAGCAAAUAGAAUCGUCCGAAGCGAUGUCGACAGCAGCUUCUGGAUCGAAUUCCUGGACAUCAGGGUCACGGCCCCUGACCGUGCCGACUUCAAUGAAAUGCGGAUUGAGAACCACAUUACCCCCAUGGAGUGCCGCCUGCGGGAUAUGACCUACUCCGCCAAGAUCCUCAUUGACGUCGCCUACACCCGGGAGCGCCAGAAGAUCAUCCGCCGUAACGUUGAGCUGGCUCGCAUGCCCGUUAUGUUGCGGAGCAACAAAUGCCAUCUCUUCGGAGCAAAUAACGCCAAGAUGGAGCUCAUGAAUGAAUGCCCCAUUGAUCCUGGAGGUUAUUUCAUCAUUCGCGGAACGGAAAAAGUCAUUCUGGUUCAGGAACAGCUGAGCAAGAACCGAAUUAUCGUCGAAUCGGACGAGAAGAACAAGAUCAUCUCGGCAUCUGUGACCAGUUCUACGCACGAGCGGAAGUCCAAGACGUACGUCACGCUCAAGAAGGACCGCAUAAAUCUCAUACACAACGUUCUGGUCGAGCCAAUCCCCAUAGUAAUCAUCCUCAAAGCCCUCGGUGGUCUAUCGGACUGGGAGAUCAUCCAGCUCGUCGCCGGCAGUGACGGAAGAUAUCAAGACGACUUUGUGAUCAAUUUUGACGAGGCAACAAAGGCCGGAGUCUUCACUCAGCAGCAGGCGCUCGAGUAUAUCGGCUCACGAGUCAAGAUGGGUGGCAGGGCAAAGCCGUUUGGGGCUGGCCCUCCCCAACCACGCCGGAGCGGUAUCGAGGAAGGCCUUGAUGCCCUCGCCAAUAUCAUCAUUGCACAUAUAUCAGUGGAGGGCUUGGACUUCUACCCCAAAGCUAUAUACGUCGCCCUGAUGGUUCGUCGAGUCCUCAUGGCCCACUACAACCCGAAGCUCGUCGAUGAUCGCGAUUUCGUCGGAAAUAAAAGAUUGGAACUGGCUGGGCAGCUCCUGUCGUUGCUCUUCGAAGAUCUCUUCAAGAAAUUCCUAACGGAUCUCAAGUUCAGCAUCGAGAACAACCUCAAGAAGCAACAUCGAGCCAUACCAGUGGACCCCCUUAUGCAGGUCGGCGCACAGGGCAAGCACAUCACCGAAGGCAUGAACCGUGCGAUUCAAACCGGCAACUGGAGCGUCAAACGGUUCAAGAUGGAGAGAGCCGGUGUGACCCACGUCCUGAGUCGACUCAGCUACAUAGCCGCACUCGGCAUGAUGACGCGUAUAUCCAGUCAGUUUGAGAAGACACGGAAAGUCAGUGGUCCUCGUGCGCUUCAACCAUCGCAGUGGGGUAUGCUCUGUACUUCUGAUACCCCAGAAGGAGAGGCCUGUGGCCUGGUCAAAAAUCUGGCCUUGAUGACCCAUAUCACAACUAAUUUCGACGAGGAACCUGUACGAAGGUGGACAUUCACCCUGGACUCUGGUGUAGAACCACUGGGGUGCUUCUCUGGGGCAGAGAUGCACCGGAAGGGCACUUAUAUCGUUCACAUCAACGGUACGCCGUUUGCCCUUACACGGUUCCCUAACCGCUUCGCAGCCAAGUUUCGCACCAUGCGACGUCGAGGUUGGAUCUCUCCUUUUGUGAGCAUCAAUGUCAACAGUAAUCUGGCAGCUGUACACAUCGCUACUGACGAAGGACGCAUUUGCCGACCGUACAUUAUCGUUAAGAACGGUAAAGCUAAGAUUAAGGAGAGUCAUCUGAGGCUCUUACAAGCCGGAAAGGUCACCUUCGACGACUUCCUCAACCAAGGUGUGGUCGAGUAUCUCGAUGUCAAUGAAGAGAACGAUACCCUCAUUGCUCUAUACGAGAAAGACAUAACGAGAGCAACUACCCACGUCGAGAUUGAGCCGUUCACCAUUCUAGGAGCUGUUGCAGGCCUCAUUCCCUUCCCUCACCAUAAUCAGUCACCCAGAAACACAUACCAAUGCGCCAUGGGUAAGCAAGCCAUCGGUGCCAUUGCGUAUAAUCAGUUCAACCGCAUCGACACUCUCCUCUACACCCUGGUAUAUCCGCAACGACCCAUGGUCAUCUCCAAAACCAUCGAGCUCAUCCACUACGACAAACUACCAGCAGGACAGAAUGCCACGGUUGUUGUCAUGUCCUACUCUGGCUAUGAUAUCGAGGACGCACUGGUGCUGAACAAAGCAUCUUGCGACCGUGGGUUCGGUAGGUGUCAAGUCUUCAGGAAAUAUGCCGUGGAGCUGCAGAAGUACCCUAAUGGGAGUAGGGAGCGAAUCGGAGACAAAGAUGCCACCAACAUGGAAAAGAAUAAGAUCCUCACCAAGGAUGGUCUGGCUGAUGUUGGCCAACAGGUCACAGCUGGACAGAUCAUGGUCAAGAAACAAAGUCCCGUGGAUGUUACGAUGAGCGUCGGGCUGGAACGCAGGAGUGACGAAUUCCGCGAUUCUCCCAUCAGCUAUAAAUUGCCGGACCCGGCAUAUAUCGACAAAGUCAUGGUCACUCAAACCGACAAGGAGACGCAACUCAUCAAAGUCCAGACGCGGCAGACAAGACGCCCCGAGUUAGGGGAUAAAUUCUCGUCACGCCACGGUCAAAAGGGUGUGGUCGGAAUCAUCGUCGAACAGGAGGACAUGCCCUUCUCCGACCAGGGGCUUUGCCCCGAUAUUAUCAUGAACCCCCAUGGUUUCCCUUCUCGUAUGACAGUUGGAAAGCUCCUCGAGUGUCUUACGGGGAAAGCCUCCAUCGUCAAAGGGAGGAGAGAUUACGGCUACGGAGAUGCUUUCCGCUCGCAUCCGCUCGAAGCGAUGAGUGCCGAGCUGGUCGAUGCCGGGUUCUCCUGGGAAGGAAAGGACUUUUUCACCUCGGGCAUCACGGGCGAGCCGCUCCAGGCAUACAUCUUCAACGGCCCCAUAUACUACCAGCGUCUGAAGCACAUGGUUCAGGACAAGAUGCACUCUCGUUCACGUGGGCCGCGGGCGAUCCUCACCCGCCAGCCUACAGAAGGAAGAUCCAGAGACGGUGGACUCCGUCUGGGAGAAAUGGAACGUGACUGUCUCAUUGCUUACGGCGCCUCACAGCUCCUGCUUGAGCGUCUAAUGACCAGUUCAGACGGCACGGAUAUUGAUAUCUGCCAACGUUGUGGCCUCUUCGGAUACAAAGGCUACUGCGGCACCUGUAAGACCAGCCGAGAGGUUUCGAAGAUGACGAUGCCGUAUGCUGCAAAGCUCCUGGUCCAGGAGCUGAUUAGCAUGAACGUGGGCGUCAGACUGCAGUUGGGCGAUGAAUUUCCUCAUCCAAGAUGA